CAAGAACGAGGUUUCCGUUUUCGUACCGUUUCACUUCAGGACAAACCAUGGCUGGAGAAAAACGAGCCCCUCGCCUUCACGUGGACGGCGCCAUUCUCGGUUACAAACGCGGUCUCCGCAACCAGCACAACUCGGUCUCCCUUAUCAAGAUCAAGGGAUGCGACAGUAAGGAGGAUGUGGAUUUCUAUUUGGGUAAAAAGGUAGCCUUUAUCACCAAGGCCGCCGAUGGUGCCUUUCGCGUCAACUGGGGCAAAGUCUGCCGACACCACGGAGGUAACGGUGUCGUUCGUUGCCGAUUUCGACGUGACUUGCCGCCCCAAUCCAUUGGCGGACGUGUCCGUGUUAUGCUUUACCCGAGCCGUGUUUAAUAUCUGCGAACGACGAGCUGGAAGAAAAGAACUAUAACACAUAUACAGAGCAUUGUAUGGUUUUCG